CCGGAACUGAGAGACGCUCCCUGCCGUGACAGCGGACGUGCGAGUCCACCCAGCGAGAAGAGGCGGACAUUUCUAGCGUGAACUGUGCGAACAAACUGCAGAGCCGAGAACAGGAAUCGCGCAGCAAAGCAGAGCCGCACAAUGGUAAGACACUGCGGACUCGUAACAGCUAAGAACACCCCAGUUCCUCUGAAGAAGAUCUCGGUGCGAGUGGAGGUGAAGGGGUUUGUGGCCGAUGUGUCUGCAGACCUGGAGUACAGGAAUGAGGAGGCUUCUCCGCUGGAGGCCCUGUUCACAUUCCCAGUGGACAGCGAUUCUGCCGUCUACAACUUCCAAGCCACGGUGGACGGGAAGACCAUCGUGGCCGAGAUAAAGGAGCGGGAACAGGCUCGGAACGACUACGACGAUGCCAUCUCCUCCGGCCAGGAGGCCUUCCUGCUCGAGGAGGAUAGCAGUAGCAGUGACAUCUUCACCUGCAGGGUGGGCAACCUGCCCCCAGGCUGUGCGGCCACCGUCUCCUUCAGCCUGGCCCAGGAACUGUCCCUCGAGGCUGAUGGUGCCGUCCGCUUCACCCUGCCCGCUGUCCUAAACCCCCGGUACUGCCCCGCAGGCACUCAGGGUCCCCAUAUACCCCAGGCCAGUGCCCCUGUGGACAAGCAACUCUACACUUUGGAGCUGGAGGCUCAUUUCCACAGCCCACACGGGAUCUCCCGGAUCCAAUCCAAUUGCCAAAUGACACCCGUGGAAUUCCUCAAUCCUGACAAGACGUCAGCCAAGCUCUCCCUGGUGAAGAGUCAGGGCUUUGACAGAGACCUCGAGCUCUUGAUGUUCUCCGAGAAGAUCGAUGAACCGAGCGCCAUCCUCGAGGCAGGACUUGGUUCUGCUGCUCCAGGGACCCUGAUGGCUGACUCCACUGUAAUGGUGAAUCUCUUCCCCCGAUUUCCUGAGGAUUCCCAGGGCGUGCCGGCAGGCGAGUUCAUUUUCCUCAUGGAUCGGUCAGGCAGUAUGGGAAUGCUGAUUUCCCACGGAAACGCCAGGUCCCGGAUCCAGUGUGCCAAGGACACACUGCUCCUGCUCCUCAAGAGCCUUCCCAUGGGAUGCUUCUUCAACAUUUACGGAUUUGGGAACCACUUCACCUCGUUCUUCCCGAAGAGUGUUGAGUACAAUCAGACCUCCAUGCAAGAAGCACUGUCUAAACUGAAGGAGAUCAAUGCGGAUAUGGGUGGGACAGAGAUCCUGCAGCCCCUGUCGGCCAUCUACACAACACCCUGCGUGCCAGGACACCCGCGACAGCUCUUUGUGUUCACGGACGGUGAGGUGUUCAACACCAAGCAGGUGCUGGCUGAGGUUCAGAAGAACAGCCCCAACCACAGGUGCUUUUCCUUUGGGAUUGGUGAGGGGGCCUCCACAGCGCUGAUCAAAGGCAUCGCCAAGGCAGCCAACGGGAGUUACGAAUUCAUCACCGGGGAAGGCAGGAUGGAGCCCAAGGUUCUCCGGACCCUGAAGUACGCCCUGCAACCCAGCGGGACCGGGCUGAGCCUCAGCUGGGACCUGCCCCCAGGGGUGGAGGCCGUACUGCUGUCACCCCUCCCCAGCGCGCUCUUCAACCAGCAGAAAACCAUCGUCUACGCCCAGCUGAAGGGGCAGAUGGAUCCCAAGCUGGAGUGUGGGGUGACACUGAAAUAUUCACUGGGGGCGCAGCCGAUACAAGCUGAGACCAGGUUUAGCCUGAGACCCGUCGAGUGCAGGAGCUCCUCUGUCCACCGUCUGGCAGCCAAGGCUCUGCUGGGAUCUCUGGAACUCGGGCCGGACCGCGACACGGAGCAGGUGAAGAGGCGUCUGGUUGAGAUCAGCACCCAGGCCAACGUGGUCUGUUCGCGGACGGCCUUCAUCGCCAUCAACAAGGAGCUCGGCCAGGCCAUGCAGGGACCCCUUAUCCGCAGGGACGUCCCCCUCUGUGCAGCGAGUUGCCCGCCUCCUGCGCCACCCCCUGGACAGAUGGGAAUACCUGGCAGCAGUUACGCGAGUUGCCCGCCUCUUCCGCCACCCCCUGGACGAAUAGGAAUAGUUGGCAGCAGUUACGCGAGUUGCCCGCCUCCUGCGCCACCCCCUGGACGAAUGGGAAUAGUUGGCAGCAGUUACGCGAGUUGCCCGCCUCCUGCGCCACCCCCUGGACGAAUGGGAAUAGUUGGCAGCAGUUACGCGAGCUGCCCGCCUCCUCCACCACCCGCUGGACAAAUGGGAAUACCUGGCAGCAGUUACGCGAGUUGCCCGCCUCCUCCGCCACUCCCUGGGCAAAUGGGAAUACCUGGCAGCAGUUACGCGAGUUACCCGCCUCCUCCGCCACUCCCUGGACAAAUGGGAAUACCUGGCAGCAGUUACG